CAAAAAACAAACGAAAAGAAAGCGCUUCUUCAGUGUUUCUUCCGUCUAUAUAUAUAUAUUGGCUCUCUCUACCGUCCCCUCCGCGCUGCUCAUUUACAAUUUACUACUCUCUCUCUUUCUUUCUUUCACUCUCUCUCUCUCUCUUUCUUCCACUCUCUCUCUCUUUCUCUCUCGGCGCUAGCAGCGCGCUCCUCCCCCUUUCUCUAGUUUCUGCAGGUGGGUGGAGCUGUGUAGAUGGCCUUCAAGGGGGGCGGCGAUGAGGAGGGGGAGAUGAGGAGGGGGAAGCAGCAGCAGGAGCAGCAGGAGCAGCAGCAGCAGGAGCAGCAGUGCCCCGUGGAGGAGGUAGCGCUGGUGGUGCCGGAGACGGACGAUCCGUCGCUUCCGGUGAUGACGUUCCGGGCGUGGGUGCUGGGGCUGGCGUCGUGCACGCUGCUCAUCUUCCUGAACACGUUCUUCACGUUCCGGACGCAGCCGCUGACGAUCUCGGGCAUCCUGAUGCAGAUCGCGGUGCUCCCACUCGGGCGCUUCAUGGCCUCCGCGCUCCCCCGCAGGGACUUGCGCCUGCCCUGGGGCCUGGGCUCCUUCAGCCUCAACCCAGGGCCCUUCAACAUCAAGGAGCACGUCAUCAUCACCAUCUUCGCCAACUGUGGCGUCUCCUACGGCGGCGGCGACGCCUACUCCAUCGGCGCCAUCACCGUCAUGAAGGCCUACUACAAGCAGUCCCUCUCCUUCCUCUGCGCCCUCCUCAUCGUCCUCACCACCCAGGUACUGGGUUAUGGGUGGGCGGGGUUGUUGAGGAGGUAUUUGGUUGAGCCCGCUGAGAUGUGGUGGCCUUCUAACCUUGCUCAGGUCUCCCUAUUCAGAGCGCUGCAUGAAAAGGACUCGCGAUCGAAAGGGCUGACGAGGAUGCAAUUCUUUCUGACAUUCUUCGUUGCGAGCUUUGCCUACUAUGCGCUGCCAGGCUAUCUCUUCCCCAUCCUGACAUUCUUCUCGUGGGUCUGUUGGGCCUGGCCAAACAGCAUCACCGCCCAGCAGAUAGGGUCGGGCUACCACGGGCUCGGCGUGGGAGCCUUCACGCUCGAUUGGGCCGGGAUCUCGGCCUAUCAUGGCAGCCCACUGGUGACUCCGUGGUUCUCCAUCGUCAACGUAGCGGUUGGAUUCAUCAUGUUCAUCUACAUCAUCGUUCCCAUUUGUUACUGGAAGUUCAACACAUUCGAUGCUCGCAAGUUCCCCAUCUUUUCGAAUCAACUCUUCACCUCGGCGGGAAACAAGUAUGAUACUACCAAGAUUUUGACGCCGGAUUUUGACCUCAACGUAGCUGCAUAUGACAGUUACGGGAAGCUUUACCUCAGCCCGCUCUUCGCGCUCUCCAUCGGUUCAGGAUUCGCCAGAUUUACUGCAACACUCACCCAUGUUUUCCUCUUUCAUGGAAGUGACAUAUGGAGGCAGAGCAAGUCGGCGAUGAGCUCGGUGAGAGAGGACAUACAUGCAAAGCUGAUGAAGAGGUACAAGCAGGUGCCGCAGUGGUGGUUCCUCCUCCUCCUUGUGGGGAGCAUCGUUCUCUCGCUCAUGAUGUCCUUCAUCUGGAAAGAGGAGGUGCAGCUCCCUUGGUGGGGGAUGGUCUUUGCCUUCGGAUUGGCCUUCAUUGUCACUCUCCCCAUCGGCGUCAUUCAAGCUACAACCAAUCAGCAACCUGGAUAUGAUAUAAUAGCGCAGUUCAUGAUUGGGUAUGUCCUACCGGGGAAGCCCAUUGCCAAUCUGCUGUUCAAGAUAUACGGGCGCAUCAGCACCAUCCAUGCUCUAUCCUUUCUCGCUGAUCUCAAGCUCGGCCACUACAUGAAAAUCCCACCCAGAUGCAUGUACACCGCUCAGCUUGUGGGGACUCUGGUUGCCGGCGUUGUGAACCUCGCGGUAGCAUGGUGGAUGCUGGAGAGCAUAGAGAACAUCUGUGACGUGGACGCGUUGCACCCUGACAGCCCAUGGACUUGCCCAAAAUAUCGAGUGACAUUUGAUGCUUCGGUGAUAUGGGGCCUCAUCGGUCCGGGCCGACUCUUUGGCCAUCACGGCCUAUACCGGAACCUGGUGUGGCUCUUCCUCGUGGGAGCUUUCUUGCCUGUUCCUAUCUGGGCUCUUAGCAAGAUGUUCCCGGAGAAGAAGUGGAUCCCUCUAAUCAAUAUUCCGGUUAUUUCCUAUGGGUUCGCCGGGAUGCCGCCCGCAACUCCGACCAACAUUGCUAGCUGGCUCAUUACUGGCACUAUCUUCAACUAUUUUGUGUUCAAGUACCGAAAAGGGUGGUGGCAGAAAUACAACUAUGUGCUGUCGGCGGCGCUUGAUGCAGGGACAGCAUUCAUGGGUGUGCUCCUGUUCUUUGCUCUUCAGAAUGAGAACCGAAAUCUCACAUGGUGGGGCACCGAGAUUGAUCACUGUCCUUUGGCGUCAUGCCCCACAGCACCUGGUAUUUCAGUUAAGGGCUGUCCGGUUUUUUAGCUAUCAUACUGGAGGAUAUGAGAUCAACAGCAAUCAUGAUCUAUCUAUCUAUAUAUUCAUCAGAGGGGAGGGGGUUCGUCUUUGCAGACCAGGAGGUAUUGGGUUUGUGGAUUGUUGGUUUUCGGUAGCAUUUUCAGUAGUGUUAUUCUCAUCAGACAGCUGAUGAAAUGAAGCGGAAGCAGAUCGAGCUGUGACAUUCUGUUGCUGCGCAAUAAUCAAACUUCGUUUUGGGGAAAUCAGUGCAAUGCUUGAGUACAUCCUUUUUAGGAAGGUUCGCAAAAUGCCAGGAAAUAGGGUAUAACGCCCGGUACUACUUUCUAGUUCUUAUUGAGCUGUUCCACUUGCAGUGGUAUUUUUAGCUUUUAUUGAGCUGUUUCAUGUUCCGUAAAAAUUGCAGCACGUUCUCUGCGUUUAUGUAAUGAAAAGCUUGCAUUUUGCUCUUUUGAAGUCUUAA